UGUGCGUUUGUGCGUUUGUGUGUUUGUGUGUCAGGGAAACGCUCUGUUUCCUGCUGUGUUCACCGGCUUCCUCAGGAUCUGCACCGGGUCCUGGAGAGCGGCUCAGUCUUAACAUGGGCUCCUCUCGUUGUGUCGGGUUUUUAUUCGAUCUAUUAAGUUUUCGACGCGAUCAAAUUCAAAUGAGAACAUCGUCAGUCCAAGCCUCUUGAAGCUUCCUCCUCUGAGACACCUGCUCCCUCCUCAACAUGGAGAACUGAUUCAUCACCAUCCAGCAGAGCUCCACCCCCGACCCACAGGGAUGCAGAUUGGUCAUCAGGUCACUGGUAGGACCCCUCUGCAGAUCCCCCCCCAGCCGAGCCUGCCCCCGGUCAUCCUGCAGGACACCAUCCUGGUCCGAGCCCUCAUCAACCCCAAACAGGAGAUGGAGGAACCCCCCCAGCCUCAGACUCCACAGUCUCCCAGGACCUGCAGCCCACUGGGAGCUGCUGGGAAGUCCUGCUGGAGCUUAGAUACCAGGGUGGCCGUGCUGCUGCUGUCUCUGGCUGGAGCGGUGAUCCUGCUGCUGCUCUACAGACUCCUGCAGUUCAGACACAGGCUGAGCGUGGCGAGGGCGAGGAACGCUCUGGAGUACCAGGGCUUCUACCGCACAGCCACCUACACACUGAAACACCCUGCACCGCCGGGUCAGGACCGGCCGCCCAAGGACAGAACUGUCCCUGACGCUAACCCGAGGGUCCAGACUGUCAUCACAGUGACACCUGUUGCAAUCGUCCCUCUGCCGCCCCCGCCUGCAGCGUGUCCACCCCCCCUGCCGCUGCCGCUCCCUCCACCUCCCGCCCUGCAUCCGCCCUCUCCCCCUCUGACACCUCCUGUCCCGGCCAUCCCCCUCCACCUGCCGAUGAUCCACACCACCCCCCCCAGCCCUCACCUGUCGUGGGGGGCCUGCUCGGACGCAGACGUCUACUCUCGGAUCGGAGCGUUCAGGGCGUCCAGGCUCUCCAGCCUCUCCAACCUGUCCAGCCAGUCCAAGGUCAUCCUGUUCGAACACUCGUCUCUCUGAGCGCCCACGUGGAUCAUGAGUGGAGACACAUGAAAUGCAUGAAGUGUCGUGAUGGACAGGACAUGAUGAUGAGAAUACACUCUGUAUGCUGUCUAUUGGAUGUUCAGAUCAUUUCAGGGAUGCACGAGUUCGGGGAUCGAACCUGAUUCAGUCUGGAGGAAACGUUGUGUGACAAGGACACAUGGACAAUUCUUUCCCUCGAUAAUAUUUACGUUUAUUCACAAUCUUUUGAAACCUGGAGGUAAACAUCAACUUAAAGAAAGACUGCUGGUCUUUACCUGUCAAGUUCAUCAGAGCUCGUCAUCCAAUCAGAGCCUCACAAUCUCUUGACCUCAAAAUUAUCAUCAGCAUCUUUUUACAGCUCAUUGAUUGGAUGUACAGUUUUAACAGCAACCUUUUCUAAUGCUUUUCUUACAUUUAAAUGCUUCACCGACAUUUUCCAUUUGGGGAAUUUACUCAAACAGCAAGUUUAUUUAUAAAUUAAUUUAAUUAAACCAUAGUCCAACGGCCUAACGACAUAAUAUUUCAAUUAAUAUAACAAAUUAAGUUACAAGUCUUAACUCCUAAAAUUGGGUGAUCUAUGAAAUAUGAAUAUGAGACUUUACAAACUUUGUAAUUCCACUGGCUAUAUAACAAAAGAUGAGAUUAUUUAAAUAUAUUGUGGACAGUGCAGAAUGUUGUCUUUCCACCAUUAAACUUUUUGUAUAUUAAAAAAAUAUAAUUUAUUUAUCCAAUCCACACUGUGAUGCUUUAUGCCAAAGAAUAAAAGUUGGCAUUUCCUCAG